GCCUGACCUUUUCAAGUUUCCAGCUCUCAACAGCCCCCCAAAAGGCGGCCAAUUCUCCAGCUAGCUUUUGUCGCACAAUCCCAAAUCCCAUUGACCGUCAAUCAAUCUUUUCCUCCCUUCCGCAUCCCGUCUUCCGCAUCAACGCCAGUGCCUGCCUGCCCAACUGACUGAAACCAGCAAAGGCGCGCCAAGUUGAAGUUGCAGUAAGAAAAAGACGAUCACUGCCCCUUCUCCUGCAAAAAGUCGCAGGCUACCGUGCCACUACAGCCUGAGCCCCCCGCCCUAUCCGCUAAAACUCCCUACCUUAGGUUGCCCAACAAAACUUAAACCGAAGGAGACGCACACCCACAAACUGCACUUCUGGGUGCUUUUGGCAAAGGCAGCCUGCCUGGUUGUGCAUGUGGCUACCCGCUCUGCGACUGCGGCUCCCAUUCUCUUCUUUCACCUCAUCAGGCACCGUCAGUGCCCUUAAAUUUCACAAACCCGAGCCCCAUGGACCUCGAAGAGGAUAUUGCGAUUCAAGGGACGAUACUGAGGUCGUUGUUGGAGCAACCGCGGACUUCUGAAAUCAACAAGCAAAUACGGGAAGCCAAGGCUGAAUUGAUUAAACUCAAGGAAAGGAGGGCCCGCGGGACUUCGUCAGAAGCAUCUUCUUACCCCGCCAACGGCUCAUCCUCGAGAAUGUCGAACCCGCUAAGCUCGAGCCCUGGAGGAGGGCCUCCACCCCACCAGCCAGCCUCUGGAUCUCGAAAGCGUUCUUUCGGAAGCUCUCACUUGAAUGUUUCUUCAUCCAUAUGGGGUCCAAAUAACUCCAACCGAGCGUCGCCGAGCCCGGGAUGGGAUUACAGUUUUGGGGGCCCUGGGGGCAACGACGUAGAUGAAGAAUUAUCUUCCAUUGACCUUACUGGGCAAGCAGUCUCUUGUCACGCCCUGGACGAUGCGUGGCAGGGCAUCAAACAGAGAGCUCUUGAUGUGGAAAGGCGCCAUGAACAAUCGAAGGCCCAGCUUGAUCAAGAUGCUGCCUUUGCCAGGCAGUUAUCGCAAGGCACUUCGACGGCACCCGAGUACGGCUCAUCGAUACCCACUGGCCAAAUAAAUGCAUUCGACCGAAUUUCACACCGCCAACCAUCGAGCAGCCAGUUGUCCAAUCAAAUGUCUCUAUCUACCAGACCACGACUUUUGCAGGGAACUACUUCGGAAUCGUUUGGAGCGCAGACUAAUGGACUAUAUGGAAAUGGGAACUACCCAACGAACUCGGGGUCAAAUGUUACAGGUGGCGCUGGCUGGACCACCACGCCAAGUCGUGGGUAUGGUGGCGUUCACACACCGCACACGAGCAGCUACUCCCAUAACACAACGCCCGUUAAACCGGGGCCGAGUCAGGUUACAGGGGGUCCGGGUUGGAGCAUCGUUCCAAGUGGUCAACCACCAGCUAUUCAGUCACGACAAGCUAGCAGCUUUCAACACAGCUGUGGAGUCAAUGUCAAGUCUGAACCAGGGAGGGCCAAUGGGGGUCCGGGAUGGAGCAUCACUCCAAGUCAAGUGAAUGGCAUCAACCGCGAGGAAAGCGAUCGGAUGCCUCAAAUGCCGGGGGCCUGGGAAGAUUCCGAUAGUGGCAGCGACGAGGUAGCUACCGGCGGCUAUGCUUUGUGGCAACAAGGGGCUCGCUCGACCCAUCCCUCUAGCCGUACUCUUCCCCCACCGAACCCAUCCUACAACCGAUCCAUUCCAGCCUGGAACCCAUCCGCGUUACCAGGCUUUGCAAGCGUUAGCCAACUGGCCAGCCUCGAUCGACCAGGUCUACUGAACAACGGCAGCUACUUCUCCGACGUGGAUUACCUGGGAGGGCAACCCAGUCUUGCUUCGACGAUUCAUCGUGCAAACAACAUUGACUUCCAGAACAUGACCGAUAUGGACGGGAACCCCCUGAAUCCGCGGUUAGCGAACUAUCUGGAUGACUUUGUGCACAAUCCUGUCAAAACAGAGGAGGAAAUUCAACAACUUCUUUCGAAUAUUCGACCUGAUAUGGAAAUUCCCGAGGAGGAGCGGGGUGAAACACCGGCGGGCAUGAGGUAUCCUCUCUAUCCGCACCAACAACUUGCCCUGAAGUGGAUGGCGGAGAUGGAGACAGGGUCAAACAAAGGCGGUAUCCUGGCCGAUGAUAUGGGUCUUGGUAAAACAGUCUCGACCCUGGCAUUGAUGAUUUCCAGGCCCUCUGAGGACCGGGCAGUGAGGACUAAUUUGAUCAUUGGACCUGUCGCCCUUAUCAAACAAUGGGAAAACGAGGUCAAGAACAAGCUGAGGGGUACUCAUAAGAUGAGUGUUUACCUCCUCCACCAGAAGAAGAAGAUACCAUUCACUGAGCUCAUAAAUUACGACGUGGUGCUCACAACGUAUGGUUCAAUCGCCUCGGAAUGGCGCCAGUACGAGAAGCACGUGCAACAACGCAACGCGGCUGCGUUGUAUUCGGAGAGAGACGACGGCGAGCUUGCCAAAAAGUGCCCCUUGCUUCACCCCAAGAGCACCUUUUACCGCAUCAUCAUCGACGAAGCCCAGUGUAUCAAAAACAAGGACACCCAAGGCUCAAAGGGCGUGCACAAGAUCAAUGCCACCUACCGCUGGUGCCUUACUGGCACGCCCAUGAUGAACAACGUAUCAGAGCUCUAUCCACUCAUCCGUUUUUUGAGGAUUAAGCCCUUUUGGGAACAUAGGCACUUCCAAACGGCGUUUAAAUGCCUCGGCCCCCGGAAUAAUGGUAACAACGAGUAUGCUCGCAAGCAGGCCAUGGACAAACUUCGGACCGUUCUCAAGGCCAUCAUGCUGAGGCGCAUGAAAACCUCGCAGAUAGAUGGCAAGCCCAUCUUGACUUUACCCCCCAAGACCGAGAGAUCCGAAUUUGUAGAGUUCUCAGUCGAUGAGACACAAUUUUACAAAGACCUCGAAGAGAGGUCGCAGGUUGUCUUCAACAAAUACCUCCGUGCCGGUACUGUUGGUCGCAACUACUCCAAUAUUCUUGUUCUUCUGCUGCGGCUUCGCCAAGCAUGCUGCCACCCUCACUUGAUUGAUUUCGAGUGCGUCGGCAGCGCAACCACCGCUGACGAGACCAUGGAUGAUUUGACCAGGAAGCUUGAUGCUGCAGUCAUCCAGCGUAUCAAGGACAUCGAAUCUUUUGAGUGUCCUAUCUGUUAUGACGGCGUCGAGGAUCCAGUCCUAGCUAUACCCUGCGGCCAUGACACCUGCUCAGAGUGCUUUACUUCGCUGACAGACAACGCGGCCAGGAACAAUGUUCUUACAGGUAACGAGAACGCCGGUGCUAAGUGUCCGCAAUGCCGCGGCCCCGUUGAUGCUUCAAAGGUGAUCAAGUACACGACCUUCCGAAAGAUUCAUAUGCCGGAAACUCUUCCUAAGGAAGAGGUCAAGGAGGAGGAGCUGCCAGAGAUUUCAGACUGGUCUGGCUCGUCAGAAGACGAGGAUUCCGACAAUGAUUCUUUCGGCAGUUUGAAUGACUUCAUCGUGGAAGACGAUGAUUCAGAUGAACUCAGUGAGGGUGAAGCUGCAGCCCAGGCGAUGAAGAUGGCGGAAGCCAAGGCGGAAGCGAAGGCGAGAAAGGAAGCGAGACGGGCGGAAAAGAAGACCACGAAGGCGUCCAAGAAAGGCAAGGAGAAGAGCAAACUGAGCAAGGGGAAGAGCAAGGUUGAGCCGGUCAACCCAAGUCAGCUGCGGACACUCCGCCUUGAGGCUGGCAGAAACAAGGAGGCCCGUCGGAGAUAUAUGCACUACCUCCGCGAUAAUUGGGAGGACUCGGCGAAGGUCACCCAAGUCAUUGAGCUUCUGAAGACGAUCCAGGAAACCAAUGAGAAGACCAUCAUUUUCUCUCAGUGGACCUCCCUGCUGGACUUGAUCGAAUGCCAGAUCAAGUACAGUCUCAAGCUGCGUCACUGCCGGUACACUGGCGACAUGUCGCGCACCCACCGCGACGAAGCGGUUCAAGACUUUGUAGAGAACCCCGAAAACAAGGUCAUGCUGGUGUCCCUCCGGGCCGGUAACGCGGGACUGAACCUGACGUGCGCUUCGCGCGUCAUCAUUUGCGAUCCCUUCUGGAAUCCAUUUAUCGAGAUGCAGGCUGUCGACCGCGCCCACCGUAUUGGGCAGCAAAAGGAGGUGCAGGUCCACCGAAUCCUGGUCAAGGAAACGGUCGAGGACCGCAUCAUGGAUUUGCAAGAGAAGAAGAGAGAGCUGGUGGAGAGCGCCCUGGAUGAAGACAAGAGCAAGCAGCUGGGCAGACUGGGUGUUCAGGAGCUGGCUUACAUCUUCAAUGGCGGCGCGAGACCCCCUCAAUAGGCGUCAAAAUUGAACCGAAAGGCCUCAGUAGAGAGUGAGAAGGCCUCAGCGGAUAGUCGAUAGGCCUCAAUUUUACUUGACAGGCCUUGUUUGGGGGCUAGAAGGCGUCAAAAUGGAGUUGAGAUGCCUUGUUUGGAGGUUGGGAGGUGUUGUUGUCGGGAGACAAGGCCUCGAGGACACACAAAAACGCGGACAAUGGACGCGGGUGAGGCCUACUUUUUACCUUUACCAUGUCAAUAUUUUCUGUAUGGUUUUUCUUCUCUUUUUGUUUUCCCCUUGAUGUUUGUUUCGUCUUUUUUUAUGCCUUGUCCAGACAAGGAUUUGUUAGGUGUCCGUUUUUCUUUUCCUAGGUCAUGGGUUAUGGGGGUUUUCACCUUCCGUUUCUGUGCAGUCUGCAGUGGUAAUGGGCAUCAUGAUUCCCCCCUUUUCCCUGUUUUUUCUCCCUCUGUUCAUUAUGGACUGGUGAGAUGUGGUUCUGGGGAGGAUGGAGACGCACUGGUCGAGUUGCAUGUGGGGUGGGGGGAGGCGCCUCGCGGCAUGGGAGGAUGGAAGGGGUGAUGGAUGAAGGGAAAAGGGGUCAACUUGCAUUGUGUUGGCGUUGGAGGCGAGACGGAUGGGGCUUUUGCUUGUGUAUGUAUGGGUUUUUGGUAGUGUAGGCUAUUUGUGGUGAACGAAUGGGUGGUGGUAGAUGAGGAGGAGACUGCCACCUUGCCUGGUCAAAUUAGCUUUGAUUUUGAGAACUUUGAGUUGUGUGAUGGUGAUUGAGGUGAUGUGAUUUACGAUGAUGAGUGCUCGGGCUGGGUGAGUGCUCGGGCUCGAGCUGGACAACAUAAAUUAAGUGAAUAGAGAAAACCACAGGAAACCCCGGGCACGCAAGAUACGCUUCAAUAUCAC